AUGUCAGGCCUUGAAGUACUUCUAGUUAUUGGUGUGGGAGUCGCUGUGACUGCUGGCGUCCGCAAAGCUCGCAAAGACCGCAAGCAGAAGAAAUUGGCUGCACAUGGUACUGCCCAGCUUGUGCCUGAAGAGUCCAACCGAGCUACCAGUAGCCAACCUCACCAAGGCCAGAAUGUAGAGGAGGAGUCCCUGCCACCAUACUCACCACCAUCGAAAGAGCUGCUAGUCGACGACAACAAACCUCCAGCAUAUGAUACGGCGGGGAGCGGAGACGAAAGCAACAAUAUGCCUGGAGCUACAACUGAUAUUGCUUCGACUACAGAAAAUGCAACCGAAGAUGGGCCAGCGGCUGUUUCGGAACGUACGAAGAAGGAGAAAUCGCAUAGAUGGAAAGCAUGGCGGCGCGGCAGAAGCGACAAGUCCGACGCAACCAUUCAGUCUGGUGGAUUUGAGACGAGGUAG